GCAACUUGAGGUGUUGUUGGUUAAUCGGUUAACUUUUUGGGAACUUUGGGACGAUCUUGGUGUUUCUAAAUCGAGCAUUCAUGAUUUAACAUCGCAGUUAAUUAAUAAUUUACGGUUGCUUAUUUUAAUGUUGUGUGCAUUAUCUUAGAUGUAAGCGCCAGGUCGUGUUUGCGAACGUGUUUUUGUUGGUUUACAAUAGCAUCGACUGUCUGAAUAAAACUAAGAUUCUUCAGAGCUCACUUUUAUUGUGAAGGUGAAAGUGAAAUAUGUCUUCUAAGAUUCUUCUGACUAAUCUACGAACAACUGCAAGCUUCUGCAAAACACACAAUUUUCUGCAGAGACCCUGGAGUCCUUUCAUAGCUUCUCAACAGAGUUGUGCUAUUCAUGUGGAUAGCCCACCCAGCAUCCCAACCCUGACUACCAGUUAUGCCCAUGGCAUCUCUUCCCAUUCGAUGCUGUUUAGUACUGUGGACCAGUGUCUCAAACACACAGUGGAGCGCUACCCUGACCGUGAAGCUUUGGUUUUUAUGCAAGAUGGAAUGCGCAAGACGUUUGCUCAGUUCUACCAAGACGUGGAACAGACUGCUGCAGGUCUGCUGGCUGUUGGACUGAAGAGGGGCGAUCGCUUAGGGAUGUGGGGACCGAACAUCUAUGAGUGGAUACUUAUGCAGUUUGCCACAGCUAAGGCAGGGAUCAUUCUGGUUUCAGUGAACCCGGCUUAUCAAUUGCAAGAGGCAGAAUUUGCUCUCAGAAAGGUGCAGUGCAAUGCAGUUGUUUGUCCAACACAAUUCAAGACCCAAAAGUACUGUGACAUGUUAAGGCAGCUUUGUCCGGAGAUGGAGAUGGCCUCUCCUGGAAGAAUCAAGAGUUCAAGACUACCAGACCUAAGCACUGUGAUCGUAACUGACAGUCAGCAGCCAGGAGCUUUUCAUUUGAAAGAUGUGAUGCAGGCGGGAAGCAGCCAACACCUCCAACAACUACAAGACCUCCAGAAGAUCCUCAAUUGUGAUGAUCCCAUAAACAUUCAGUUUACUUCGGGAACAACUGGAAAGCCCAAAGGAGCAACUCUGUCUCACCACAACAUUGUGAACAAUUCUUAUUUCAUCGGCAUGCGCACAGGCUUCAACUGGAGGAAGAAUGUGCGUAUCUGUUUGCCGGUGCCCCUGUAUCACUGUUUUGGCUCGGUGGGUGGUGGUCUGGUCAUGGCUGUGCAUGGCACCACAGUGGUUUUCCCAUCCACUGGGUAUGACGGACACGCCAACCUGGUGGCAAUAGAGAAAGAGAAGUGUACAUUUGUGUACGGCACCCCAACUAUGUUUAUUGACAUGCUUAGUCAGCCUGACCUGGCCCAGAUUGAUUUGUCAUCAACUGAGGGUGGUAUUUGUGCCGGGUCUCCUUGUCCACCUGAGGUCAUCCGUAAGGUCAUCAACAUCAUGGGUGUUAAGGAAAUGCUGAUUGGGUAUGGUACAACCGAAAACAGCCCUGUGACAUUCUGCGGCUUUCCGAUUGACAGCAUGGAGCGAAAGACAGAAACUAUUGGAUGUAUUUCCCCCCACACUGAGGCAAAAGUAGUGAACCCUACUACAGGAGUGAUCGUGCCUCUGGGUGUUCAGGGGGAGCUAAUGAUCAGGGGGUACUGUGUGAUGCUGGAAUACUGGAAUGAUGAUGAAAAGACCCAGGAGUGCAUCACAAAAGACCGCUGGUACAAGACGGGUGAUAUUGCCAGCAUGGACGCGUACGGGUACUGCAAAAUAGAAGGACGCAUAAAGGACUUGAUCAUCCGAGGAGGAGAAAACAUCUACCCUGCUGAAAUCGAACAGUUUUUGCAUACACACCCUAAAAUUCAAGAAGCACAGGUGGUUGGAGUGAAGGAUGAGAGAAUGGGGGAGGAAGUUUGUGCUUGUAUUAGAAUCAAGACUGGUCAGGAGUGCACUGCAGAAGAGAUCAAGGGCUACUGCAAAGGAAAGAUUGCCCAUUACAAGGUGCCUCGCUAUAUAACCUUUGUUCAGGGGUAUCCUCUGACUGUCACAGGCAAGAUCCAGAAGCACAAACUGCGCGAACAGGCAGAAAAACUGCUUGGACUGUGAUUGCAAAAGCAAGUUACAAGUAACAGUUACAAGCAGGACAUCAACUUCGGGACAUUACGAGUUACUCAAAUAUAUUGAGAUUUCUUUGUUUUACUAUCCAGGUUUAUAAUUAAACGUUAUGUUUUUAUACAGGGAUUGAAAUUAACUUUUUCACUCACCAGCAAAUUUGGCUACUAAACUUUUACGUUAUCGGCCAUUCAUAACUUGUACUGGCCAAAAUAAAUAAAAAUACAGAAACAAAGCAACAGCUUGAGGCUGUCUACACUGGGCAUGACAAAGCAACCGUUCCAAAUCAUUUUGUGUCAGUAUGUGCGAUAUUGACAAAAAAUAAUAACCCAAUAUUUUCUGGAAUUUUAUCUAUAAAGAUUAGACAAUAUUUUGCUAAGUGUGUUAUUGUGCUGAUAUCUUAAGGGCUACCGUGGAAAGCUGACUCCUGAAGUUUUUCAUCUGUGGUCAGUUCACAGCAGUGAUAGAAAUUAAUCUUUUUCCAAUACGUUAAAUAGAUUUUUACCUUUUAUGUGCAUUUACCUUUAUAAAGCCAUUUUUUUCUGAAAGUGUGCAUCAUCCUUUGAGUCACAUUCUUACAUUUAAUCAGUCAAUUAUAAUAAAAAUACAUUUAACCUUUAAUAAACAAAUGAAAUUGGCAUUUAGAUGUAGGCUAUUUACACAUUAAUGCAGCUAAGAGGGACAAGAAAUGCUUUAACCUCCAGUUACAAAUGCAUGAAUAGUGUUUUGAUAUUUUAAACAUGAAAUGAUUAAUACUGAUAUUUGAAAUUAUUUUGAAAAUGAAAACAUACUUUAAAUUUAAAAUUAAAACAAUUAAAACCGCCAGUA